AUGACUCGUAACUCCAAGGAGUACGACAUGGACCCGAAGGUCGAGCACACCGAAAGCCAGGUGGCUGCUGACGCGGAGCGUCAAGCUCAUCUGACGAGGACCUUGCUCUUCAAAGUCGAUACAAGGCAAGCGGUCCUGCCUCUUCUGGCCUUGCUUUUCCUGUGCUCCUUUCUCGAUCGAACCAACGUCGGUAACGCGAAGAUCAUUGGUCUCGAAGAGGACCUUGGCAUCAACAACACCCAAUACAACCAGGGCUUGGCUGUCUUCUACGCGACUUACAUUGCCAGGCAUGUUUUUUCUGUCGUCCAAAGUCACUCCGACUUUAAGGUCUCGCCAAGAAUUUGGCUCCCGUUCCUGACAAUCGCAUGGGGUAUUGUUACCAUGUGCCUCGGUUUCGUCCGUAGUUACGGAAGUUUUGUCGCCGUUCGCGCCGUUCUCGGGAUGUGUGAAGGAGGACUGCUACCUGGAAUGGUUCUGUACCUGUCCGGUCUUUACACCCGUGGAGAGCUCGCUCUUAGAAUCGGCAUUUUCUACACCGCAGCGUCCCUGUCGGGCGCGUUUGGUGGUCUUCUUGCUAGAGGACUCUCUGCCAUCGGUCCGAGGGGAAAUCUUGAGGGUUGGAGAUGGAUCUUCAUCAUCGAAGGCCUCAUCACCGUUGUGUGUGGAACCAUCGCUGCUUUCGGUCUCCCGAACAACCUCGCAACUGCAAAGAUCCUAACACCUGAAGAGCGAGAAUGGGCCUUGGUCAGACUUCAAGGUCAAGCCGGGGACAGAUUCAAUCUGGCCAGUGAGCGAGAGGAGAAAUUUCGGUGGUCGGAAGUUGGUCGCGGCGUUCUCAACCUUCAAGUCUGGUUGAGUUCAACUGCCUACUUCGCAAUCCUCUCUGGCCUAUAUUCUUUUGGCCUCUUCCUCCCUACCAUCAUCAAUGACCUUCACAUCGCAUCCAACGCCAACCAGUCUCAGCUGUGGUCCGUUAUCCCCUAUGCUGUUGCUACCCCUGUGACAGUUGUUGUUGCGUUCUUGUCGGACCGUCUCCGGGUGCGCGGCCCGCUCAUGCUCGCCGUCCUGCCGAUUUCGAUCAUUGGCUACGCUGUCAUCGGCAAUGUGACUGCGCCCCAGACAAGAUUUGCAAUGACCUGUCUCAUGGCCAUUGGCAUGUACAGUGCAGUCCCGUGCGUUCUGAGCUGGAACUCGAACAACUCGGCCGGGCACUACAAGCGGGCAACUACGUCGGCUUUGCAGUUGGCAAUCGCGAACUGCGGAGGCUUUGUUGCGACCUUCAUCUAUCCCAGUACUCAAGGCCCAUACUAUCACAAGGGUCACACCAUCAUCCUGGGACUACUUUGCUAUGCUUGGGUUGCCACACUAUUGAAUGUUCUUUGGUGUUCCAAGAUUAACCGCGACAAGGCUGCGGGCAAGUACGACCAGUUCAUCGGCACGGGCGACGAUAGAGAGCCUGAGUUCAAGAUGGUCCUGUGA